AUGAGCUAUUUUGAAGUCUACAAUGAGAAAAUUCAUGAUUUGCUCAUCUUAACUGAAAAUGGACAAAAGAAGCAACCUCUCCGUGUAAGAGAACCAGUAUUGGGGCCAUACGUGGAAGACUUGACAGCGAACACAGUCAGUUCUUAUUCAGAUAUCCAGAGUUGGCUCGAGCUAGGAAAUAAACAGAGAGCAACUGCUGCCACAGGCAUGAAUGACAAGAGCUCUAGAUCUCAUUCUGUCUUCACCCUCGUGAUGACGCAAACAAAGACAGAGUUUGUGGAAGAAGAAGGGCAUGAUCAUAGGAUUACCAGUCGCAUAAAUCUAAUAGAUCUAGCAGGCAGCGAACGCUGCUCUCCAACUCAGACCAGUGAGGAGAGGCUGAAGGAGGGCAUGAGUAUUAAUAAAUCACUGCUGACUCUGGGGAAAGUUAUUUCUGCGCUUUCUGAGCAAUCUCAGAACAGAAAGAGAGCUUUCAUUCCUUAUCGGGAAUCUGUCCUUACGUGGUUAUUAAAGGAAAGUCUUGGUGGAAAUUCAAAAACGACCAUGAUUGCCACAAUAAGCCCUGCUGCCAGCAAUGUAGAGGAAACCCUUAGCACUCUUCGAUAUGCUAAACAAGCUCGUUUGAUAAUCAACAUUGCCAAAGUAAAUGAAGAUGUGAAUGCUAAAUUAAUUAGAGAACUGAAAGCAGAAAUUGAGAAACUGAAAGCAGCUCGCAAAAGUACUCUAAAUAGAGAUCCUGAGAAAUAUAGACAGUAUCUGCAAGAAAUAACAGCCCUAAGGGUAAAACUACACCAAAAGGAGAGGGAUAUGGCAGAGAUGCAAAGGGCCUGGAAAGAAAAAUUUGAACAAGCAGAACAGAGGAAAUUUGAAGAAACAAAGGAGUUACAGAAAGCAGGAAUUACAUUCAAGAUGGACAAUCGUUUGCCAAACCUUGUCAAUCUCAAUGAAGAUCCCCAGCUUUCUGAGAUGCUUCUGUACAUGAUAAAAGAAGGACAAACUACAGUUGGAAAGUACAAACCAAAUUCUCAUCAUGAUAUCCAGCUCUCUGGAGUGCUAAUUGCUGAUGAUCACUGUGUUAUCAAAAAUGUUGAUGGUAGAGUGAGCAUUACGCCACUGGGAGAAGCAAAGACAUAUGUUAAUGAACACAUUUCAGAGCCAACACUUAUGCAUCACGGUGAUCGGGUAAUUCUCGGUGGAGACCAUUAUUUCAGGUUUAAUCAUCCAGUAGAGGUUCAGAAAGUAAAAAGACCAUCUUGUGGGACUACCUUUUCAUGUGAUGGGCCAAAAGAUUUUGAAUUUGCAAAAAAUGAACUGUUGGUUGCACAGAGGUCACAACUUGAAUCAGAAAUUGAAGCGGCACGACUGAAAGCCAAGGAAGAAAUGAUGCAAGGUAUCCAGGUUGCAAAAGAGAUGGCUCAACAAGAACUUAUUUCGCAAAAAAAAGUUUACGAAAGCAAGAUAAAAUCACUAGAAGCAGAACUGAGAGAAGAAUCUCAUAAGAAACAACUUCAGGAAAUGAAUCACCAGCAGGCUGCUAACAAAAUACAAGAACUGGAAAAAGCAAAGCAACAUCUUGAGUUGGAAGUACGUUUCAGCAAGAAGCGCCUGGAAAUGGAGACAUUAGCCACCAGACAGGCUUUAGAAGAUCAUACUAUUCGUCACGCAAAGAUUCUUGAAGCUCUGGAGGCUGAGAAGCAGAAAAUUGCUAAAGAAAUAGAAACUCUCCAGCAGAAUCGUGGAAAUGGGAAUGAAACUAUAACAAUUAAGCCUAACUGGAAUUCUAUGAAACUCUCUCUGAUGAUCCAGGAGGCCAAUACCAUUAGUAGCAAAUUAGGAAAGCACACAGUCUUCUGCAGACAUGAUAUAUCAGAACAAGGAAAUGGCACUGGACCUUCUGUUAAAGUGCUGGUUCGUAACCUCAAGCUGGGAAUUGCAACUUUCUGGAGCCUGGAGAAGUUUGAAUAUAAGCUAGCAGCAAUGAAAGAACUCUAUGAGACUAACAGUAGUAACAAAGCUGAUGAUGUAUUUUAUGACCCUGCUGAUGACUGGGAACCUGACCUUACAACUACAUCCAUUUCUUCCUUUUCCAAAAGGAGGAGCAGAAGUUUCAUGAAGAACAGGAGAAUUUCUGGAUGUUUGUCUGAUAUAAAAUUGCAGCCAAUCCAGACUCUACACACGUCACACUUAUCAGGUUCAGUCAAUAAAUCCAGCAGCAUAUGUUCAGGUUCUUCUGAAUCAUUUCUACCUGGAAUUUGCAAAGAAUUAAUUGGUUCAGCUUUGGAUUUACUAGGACAGAAUCAUGCAGAAGAAAAGAGUAUAGCAGAUCGUCUCCUAACUAAUUUGCUUACUAUUUAUACUGGAGUAACUGCUAUUUCAAAUGCCUAUGAACAGCAAGAUGAAGAAAGUCAAGAUAAUUUUUUCUUUCUUGAUCGUGCUACUCAGUCCUGCAGCAUCAGAAUUACCUCUGCUUUUGAACAACUUGUGGUUCUAACCGAGCAUUGGCUUUAUAGUUUCCAAAAAUGUACUGAUUCCUUAAAAAUUGAUGAUGAAUUGAGACAGGGUGUAAAAAACUUGGGAGGUUAUUUACAAUUACUGUUGCAGGGUUGUUGUUCAGAUAUAUCCUCAAUGGUAACAGAAGCACACUCCAAAAUAAUCCAAAUAGUGAAACAAGCAGGAAAACAUGUAGGACACUUGACAGCAUUUAUAGGAUCUGACCUACACCUUUCUGAAGAGACCAAAGAAGAUGCAACUAUCUCACAGGAAGAUUUUAUACUUGCUAUUUAUGAUGGAGUAGGCUCAGGACUGAAGAGUCUCUUGGAUUCUGUACAGAAAAAAACAAAAGAGAUGCAGAAAGAGCUUUUGAAACAGGAUCCACAAAAUGAGGUUCAAAAUCAAAUAAAGAAUAAUGCAGUGGCUUUCGCCAGAUCCCUUGAAAAUACAAUAUCUGACUGCAAAAAGAGAGAAAUAGGAACUGAAUUAACAAUAGAAGAAUCUGCCUACCAGGAACUCAAGAAGGCAACUAAUCUUGCUUCUGAAUACUUGGAAUUAGAGCAGUGCAUAGAUAAAGUGUGUCAGAUCAUUACUACUUCAUUAAAAGGAUCAUACAGAAAUACAACUCAACUCAGAAGCUAUACAGAAAAGAUUUGCAUCUUAGCUGGGCAUUUUAAUAAUUACUGCACUUCAUUUAGCUUGCCUUCUGCUUCAGCAAACAGUCCUACUUGCGGAACAACCACGUCUUUUAUGGUCACUUCUGAACUGGAUUCUCUAGCCAAGUCACUCAUUAUAAGUUUUGAACAAGGACAUAAUUCAUUGGCAUCUCAGACUAUUUGUAUGCAAAAGACCAGGACUGAAGAAAAACAGCUUGAAACUGGUGAAUCUACUUGGAAACAGAAAGGAGUUCCAAAACGCGAAUAUAAACUUCAGCUUUCAGCUACAAGUUCAGGGAAACUUUCACCCAGUGCGAUACAGUGGGUAUAAAAUUAAGCCAUUAAAUAUAGUAGACUCCUGAAUGUAGGAAAAAGUAAACAUUAUGGGCAUCUUUCUUUUUUUAAUGAAAGAGACACCAGGAGGGCAUCUGUCUCUUAUUUUUAGAAGGAAAAAUAAUAUAUCUUACAAGGUUGAAAUGUGUUCAUAAUUUUAUCAUGAGCAUGGACAGUGUGUGAAAGUAGAGGACUUGAGGUACAAGAAGAUAUGUUGCACUGAAUUGCACAGGAACAAACUUAAAUCCAGAAGACUUUUUACAUUAGACUUACACUUAAGAAAAUUACAAACGUGUGUUUUUUAUUUCAAACCUAUAUCUAACUGCGGUAAAUUAUAGAGUAACAUACAAGAAGUAACCAGACAGUGGGUAAAAAUCUUGUCCAAGGAUAAUAUGUAAAUACAAAAAAUUGAGAAAAGCAAGGAAAUUCAGUGUUAAAAAUGGACACUUUAUCCUCUAUUCAUAAUGUAGCCUCACUUUAGUAAAUGAUGAUUUAUUAAGGGUGCAGUGUCAUCCCUACCACUAUGUUUCCUGACUUUUUAAUUUUUGGUUUGUCAGCUUUAUUUUUGAGAGAGGUUUUCUUAGGAAAGAUUUGAAAGGCUACAAAAAUUAUUGGGUAAACACACAUUUAAGGGAAUAAUUUGUAUAGAGGUAUGGGGGGGUUACAGAGCUAAAGUAACAUUAAUGCAGAUUGACUAUAACGAUUCAUGUUGCAAAUUAUAUAGCAAAAACAAUUUUUCUUGAUUUUAAAUUUUUAGUGCUAUGCAUAAAAGUUUAGAGGCAUAACACUUUAAAAUAUACAAAAAUCACCAUGUGAGGCACUUGAGAAUUAUGUUGAUAUGCAGCGUACAUUUAAUAUGUUCAUACUGAAAUGUUAAGGCCAGGUGGAGCCUAGCUCUUUGCGGGUGCACAAAGGAGAGGGAAGGAUAUACAAGGCAUCUUUCCCAGAACCUCAUGCUCCUGCGUAGGUACAGGGCAGAAUCUGAGACCUCAGGGAAAGCAAGGACUCUGGGUGAAAUCCUGGUUUCAUUGACUUCAGUGGGGCCAGAGUCUUUCCCUCUCAGUCCAAUGCUGGCAGUGGGCUUACCAAAGUGGGUGAGGACAUGGCCAUCUUCUCCUUUACACCAGUCACUAGACUAGCCCACUUGCAUCCCAAGUGAUACUGGCUGCUUCUGGGAGCUUUGGCUAGCCACAAUCUGGCCCCAGUUGUACUAAUGUUGAAAGAUAUUUAUAAGAAUAUUUUGGUGACUUGUUUACGGAACACUUAUUAUAGUGUUUACUUCCGUGUGAAAUAUACUCAGCUGUGAUUCUCUUCAAGGAUAAAAGCAGAUACCUUUGAGACUUUCAUUUUCUCUGUGUUCCUGUAUAAUAGCUAGAGUAAUAGAAGCAAACAUGUGGACCAAAUCUAGGCUACAAUGUGUCAAAUUGGUAAGCAGCUUUUCCCCUUUUCACACCCCUUUCUAGUUGGCUGUAGUUUAAGAAGGCUACAGUACCUCUAGGUAGAGCUAAUGAUUGCUGUGAAAAUCAAGUCUAAUGGUGCAUUUUAGAAGUCUUUGUUCUUGAACACUGAGAACUGAGAGAUCAUAACACAAAAUGUUCUGUUAAGAGCACCGGAUUUGCUCAGUGGUGUUAUCCAUCCUAGUAAUGAGUGACAUUUAGUGCCCAUUAUCAAACCUUUCAACCUAGUAUUCAGAGAUAGCGUGUUUCUUGAUAGUCGAGCCCCCACCCCCCCGGCCUUUUUUUGGAAUGUAAAACUUCCCCUCAAAGAUAAAGUUACCUCUCGAUUAAAUUCAGUCACCAGAUCAAUGACAUUUUUGUUUUGUUCCUUUCUCAGCAUUUCACUUGGUCUUGUUAGUCAAUGCUUUAUUUGGUUAUAGUGUGAUGGAGCAGAAAUGGUGUUAUCCAACUUCGGAUAGAGCAGGUGAAAUCCUGGCUCCAUUAAAGUCAGUGGCAAAAUUCCAAUUAACUUAAGUGAGGCUAGGAUUUCACACAGCAAGUAGUAAAGUCUGAGUACACCAGAAAUGAUCCCCAUUGAAGUGAUAAGUGAACAAAAGGAGACAAUAACAACAUAUAAAUUUUCUCCUGUGACUUUAGUAAUUGGAUGUUAAGAAUUAUUAUAGGAUGAGGUUUUUGUAUUUGGGAAGCUGUAGUUAUCUAAUAAGCAAUUAAAUAUACAAUAUGCGAAAGGCUAUUUAUUCUAGUAAAAGGAGAAAAUGGACUCCUUUUGCAGUCAUUCCUUGAAGUCCUCUUGAAUGCAGUAAAGAUCUGCAAAAUGUGAUUUGUACUGUAUACUACAGGAACUAGAACACUAAGUGACCUGAAAAAUUGGCUGUAAGUAAAGUGAAUAGAAAAUCAAUCACCUGCUUUGUCAACUAUAAAUUUGUUUUCCACAUUAAAUAUUGUCCAAACAUUUUGUGAACAGUAAUUCAGUGAUUUUGGCAAAUACUGUAUAAACUAUAUUUCUCUGAUCUUUGCUAUUGGGAAAAUAAAAGCUUUGCUUCAGUUUGUAAUGCACAUCCAAUACUCUCCUUAAAAUUAAUGUAAUUUAAUAUCUUUUCCAGAAGUGUGUUGCAGUGCAGUUAUAUUUUGUCAAUUGUUCUUCAGAAACAUUGACAGAAUAUUAUUAUUGGUAGUAUUUGUCAUUGUAUCACAUAAAAUGUGAUAUUGACUCAGUUAAUCACUUUCCAUUUUCAUUGAGAAGAAAUGUAAAAGUUUAUUCAUAGCUUGACAUCCUAAUCUACUGUUAGGAACCUUUGUGUGGCUUUUAAAAAUAAUUAACAAGUGGGAUCCAACAUAUGUUUACACGUUCUGAAAAAGUGCUAUUUUGUAUUUGACCGAAUUUUAAAAAAUGUAAUUUGCUGUUCAGAAUCAUGUAUUGUGUAUAUAACUGUAAACUAUUGUAAAGAGUAGAAUCAGACUGUGUAACUGAGAUAAUUGCCAUAAUUUAGACAACUUGUAAACAUUCAUUAGUUUCCAUUUUUAUGGUUGCUUUGAGACCUACCUAUGGUACACCUGCUGAGAACAUAGUGUGUUACAAAAAUCUGAUAAAAUA